CCAUCGCGCGUAGGAAACCAAUGCAUGCAUUCAAUCCAGCGCUUCAUCACCAUUAACUAGGUUGCCAAGGUCAUUACUGAAACACAACAACACACACCGCGCUCGAUCGUCGACAGGAAGAAGAAGAAGCAGCAACAGCUUGUGAUUACUUACUUAGCUGUACUACAGUAUUAGCUACACACCAGUACAUGUCUUGCUCCGUGGCCAUCCCAGGCUCGCCGGUCUUCUCCCCGUCCCGCCUCCCGCCAAACCUGCUCUCCUCCUUCAGGACCCCCGAGCCGCAGCAACCCUCCUCCGCCUUCCCGGGCUCCCCGCUCCGCCCCUUCUCCCUCCGCGCGCACCACCGCAGAGACUCCUCCCCGUCCCCGUGCAACAAGAAGCGGCAGCCGCCUCCGCCUGCAGCUGCAGCAUCCAACUCACCAGCGCUCAUCAAGCGGCGGCGCCCGGCGCCUCUCUUUGUCCCAGCCCACACUGUAGAUGAGGUCGUACUCCAUCAUGUCUCGUCGACCGACGGGCCGAUGAAGGAGGAGAUUAUCGAGGAGGCAGGGGAAGGCUUCGCCGCCUACUGUCGGAAGGGCAAGGGCCGGAGACGGGUCCAGAGGGAGGACCGCCACGUCGCCGCCGUCGGCCUCGGAGGAGACCCGCACGCGGCAUUCUUCGGCGUCUUCGAUGGCCACGGCGGCAAGAGCGCGGCGGAGUUUGCCGCCAACAACAUGCCCAAUAUCGUGGCUCAGGAGCUGCAGAAAGCGCAACAAGGCCGCACCACCGUCGAGGACGCGCUGAGGCGGGCCUACCUGAGGACGGACGAGGAGUUCUCAAAUGCCCAGGACGCCGCGGGUGGCGCCUGCUGCGUCACGGCGUUGCUGCGCGAGGACCGCCUGGUCGUGUCCAACGCCGGUGACUGCCGCGCCGUGCUCAGCCGCGCCGGCAAGGCCCAGGCGCUCACCUCCGACCACCGCGCGUCCCGCCAGGAUGAGCGCGACCGCAUCGAGAGCCAGGGCGGGUUCGUCAUGAACUGCCGCGGCACGUGGAGGGUGCAGGGCUCGCUGGCGGUGUCAAGGGGCAUCGGCGACGCGCAGCUCAAGCCCUGGGUGGUAGCGGAGCCGGAAACGACGACGCUGCACGUGGACGCGCAGUGCGAGUUCCUCAUCCUCGCUUCCGACGGCCUCUGGGACAAGGUGGACGACCAGGAAGCGGUCGACGUCGCGCGCCAGUCUAAUUCCAGGCAGCUGUCCGCCGCCUGCAGGCGGCUGGUCGAGUUGGCGGCGUCGAGGGGCUCAACCGACGACAUCAGCGUCCUCGUCGUCCCCAUGCACCGUUUCUCAGCCAUGCUCGACGCCUGAGAGAAAUACUUGCAUGGAGGAUUUGCAGGUUGCAGCAGUAGCAUCUCUACAGCUGGCUAAUAGUGCUACUUGAGAGCUAGUGAUUUUGCCCUCGAUGCAUGCAUGCUGUGGUGGCCGUCUGCUGCUGUUGCUGUUGCCUACGCGAAAUGAUAUGGCUUGCUUGUGUAUUGGUUAAAGAAAGAGCAAAGAGGCGGCUCUUCCUUCUCCUCAUCGGUGGAAGCGGUGCGUCGACGACGAUAGGGCUCAAGCGUCCAUGCCCGCACGGCAGCAAGAUCCGGAGCUCAAUGCGACGUCCGAUGGGCUGCGAGCUAGAACCAGUCUUUUUCUAAAUUAUAAAUUAUAACAUAAUCUAGUCCUAAAUUAUGGAUUGUGGAAUCGCCAUUUUGCUUUAGACUGUGAUUUUAGAAGUUAAAAUCCACAAUCAAAAUAAAAAACAAGCAGGUCCUUAAUUCCUCGUAUCAA